AGUCUUGUUCGAUUUAAAAGUUCGUACGCUUUCUCUUGUGAUUUUAAGAAAAAAAAUUAAAGCAUUAAAAGGACAACACAUUGACCAAAAGGAAAGACAAGUGAAUUUUGUUUUGUUUGGACUUGAAUCUAGUUUUCCAUGUACAAAAACAACACUUUCCGUAGAAAGCGUGUCAUAAAUUGUAAUAAGCAAUUAUUUUUGUGAAAGUCAAGGUCGAGCAAUGCCUUUGACCAACAGGAGAUAGAGUAUAAAACCCAAACUCUGAUACCCUUGAAGCACACAUUUCUGAACGAACAUCCAUAUCGUUAAGGUAUAUAAUUAUAGUAUUUUUUUUUUAUUUCAGUAUUGUGUUGCUCUUUUGCAAUUUAAGUCACGUAUAUCUUUAAAGAGAAUGAACAAUCUCAUCUGCCUCUCCGUGGUACUGGCUGUUGCCGCAGCUGAUAGUUACUAUGGCAGUGGGUUCGGCGGUGGAUUCGGUGGAAAAAGAGUUGUGGGUGUUCGAAUAUUUGGAGGAAAAGGUAUCAAUAAAGACAGUCUCUAUGGUAAAAAUUUCUUUGGAGGCAAAAGUGGAUACGGCAACUUUCUAGGGGGAUAUAGUGGGGGAUUUGGUGGAAAGGAAAUUGUCAGAAUUGUCGGGCUUCUGGGAGGAAAAGGUAUCUAUCGAGGCGGUCUUUCUGGUGGCAAAAGUGGAUACGGUAAUUAUCUCGGAAGAUAUAGUGGUGGAUACGUUGGUUUAUUUGAUGGAUAUGGUGGAUACGGAGGUAGUAAUAGUGACUAUGGAUUAGGAUAUGGAGGAUACGGAGGUAGUAAUGGGGUGUACGGAUUUCGAUAUGGAGGAUACGGAGGUAGUAAUAGUGACUAUGGAUUAGGAUAUGGAGGAUACGGAGGUAGUCAUGGUGGAAACAGAUAAGGGUAUGGUGGAUUUUAUAGUGGCUCUGGGGCCGGAUCCAGUGAUCUGUAUAGCAAAUACGGUGGAUUGAAUGGUGGAUACAUUAACAGUUUUGGUAGCGGGUACGGUGGAACAGUUACUGUUAUCUCAAGUGGAAAAGGACUUGGAGGAUUUCGCAACGGCAAGGAUAACUACUAAAUAAGGAUUUUCUGCAGCUGCUUUUUUAUAUGGACGCUUUCCUUAACGUAUAGUGUAAUGAUAUUUUGUAAUGUCAUAUAUUUAUGGUGGUCAAUAAUCUUCAUUAAAACUUUCAAGAAAAAGGAAAUAA